UGACGGUGUUGAGCCACCAUGACGACCUCAAGCCUCGUGUUCGUGCUCGCCCUCGUGGCAGGUGGACUUGCGGCACCCUGGGCAUCAGACAUGCCGAGAUGUUCCACCGAAUGCCCCAUCACCGGAUCCCCCAAGCUGGCCUACCAACCCGAGAAAACCUACACCUACGCCUACUCCGGCAAAUCCAGAGUCCAGCUGACGGGCGUGGAGGACGGCAACUCUGAGAUUGAAUGGACAGCGGGAGUCGAUCUUACUUGGAUCAGCCCUUGUGACGUGGCCGUAUCCUUCAGGAACAUGAAGAUGGAUGGUGCCCCAGGUCCCAGUGCUGCCAGGAUACUGGAGAGAUAUCCACUGGUGGUGGCUGUUGUCGACGGGAGGGUGCAACAUGUGUGCACCCACCCUGAAGACGAACCAUGGGCCAUCAACCUCAAGAAGGGUGUUGCUUCGGCUUUCCAGAACGCCAUUCCUUCUCUCUCUGCUGGCAGCUCAGGAAUGACAGUAACUGAGACGGACGUUGUUGGAAAGUGCCCAACGAAGUAUGAGAUUGAGACCGAAGGAGAAAAGGUCAUCGUCGUCAAGGAGAAGAACCACCGCCAAUGCCAAGAACGCUUCCCAACACCUGCAGAAACACCUGCCCCUUGGCUGAAGGCUCCCCUGCCAAUCGAAGAAUCCAGGUCAGAGUGCAAGCAGGAGAUCACCAAUGGCAUUUACACCGCCAUCAUGUGUCAGGACAUGAACAUUGUUCGACCUGCCUUUGGAAUCUACAAGUACGUGGAGGCCAACCAAGAGUCAACACUUCGCUUCAUCUCCGAGUCCAGCGAUGCUUCCGCCAUCAGUGCCAUCCCUCGAGGUGAAUUCCACAUUGAAAGUCUCUUGUACAACCAUGAAAUGGUGAAGGAACCAGAAUUGGCACCUGAGGUGGAUGAGGUCAUGAAGCAGAUCUGCCAGAAGACCAUGGAGACUGCUGAGACUGAUGCUGCUGCGCUGGUUGCCAAAGCCCUCCAUCUGUUACGACGUGUUCCUGUGUCCGUAGUUGUAGCAACUGCAGAGAAAGUGCGAGGAGGACGUUAUUGUGGCAACUCUGCCAGGUUAGAGAGCAUCUUCCUGGAUGCCAUUGCCUUCGUCCACGAGUCUGGUGCUGUCAAGGUCAUGGUCCAGGAAAUAGAAAGUGGACGAGCAACAGGAGGACGUCUUGCUCUUUACACAGCUGCUCUUUACCUCACCCCACGACCCAACAUUGAAGCUGUGGAGGCCCUGAAACCCUUGUUUGAGAGUCCCCGACCUGUGCCUUCCUUGGCUCUGGCAGCUGCCACCAUGGUUAACAACUAUUGCCGUCACACUCCCCAUUGCAACGAGACAGCUCCAAUCAAGGAGAUUGCUGAGAUCCUGGCCGCCAAAGUCCAAAGACAAUGCUCUCCUUCUGCCGGCGAAGAAGUCGAGAAAGAAGCCCUUGCAACACUUAAAGCACUAGGCAACAUGGGAGUUAUUACACCUGCAGUAACACAAGCAGCAGUUGGCUGCAUUGAACAAGAGGGAGUAGAAACUAGCAUUCGAGUAGCAGCCGCUCAUGUUUUCAGACAAACCAAGUGUUAUCGUCCGGCAGUAGAGAAACUAGUUAGUAUUGCUGUCAGACCAGCCUUUGAAACUGAAAUCCGUAUUGCAUCGUAUCUCGCCGCCAUUAGAUGUACAGAAAAGGAAGAUCUAGAAGAAAUCUUUGAAAAGAUUUCAGUGGAAGAGAAUACUCAAGUUCGUGGAUUUAUUCUUGGUCACUUGCUGAACAUCCAGGAGUCUACAUGCCCCACCAAAGAAAAUCUCAGAUACCUUCUGACAAACUUUGUGAUUCCAACUGAUUUCGAGAGAGACUUCAGGAAAUUCUCCCGCAAUAUGGAUAUGGCUUAUUAUUCUCCUUCCUUUGGCUUGGGUGGCGAUCUUGAAUCUAACAUCAUUUAUACUCCAGGCUCUUCCAUUCCUCGUGCUGUUAACUUCAACCUGAAAGCAGCUGUAGAUGAGAUUCACAUGAAUCUUGGCGAAAUUGGUGCACGCUUUGAAGGAAUGGACCCUAUCAUUGAAGAAUUGUUUGGUCCUGAAGGUUACCUAUACACAACUUCAUUUGGAAAAAUUUUGGAAGACAUCACUGGAUUUGCUAAAGCCAAAGGAAGCAAGAUCAUGGAUCAGAUUAAGCAUACACUAAGGUCGAGGAGAUCUAUUGACUUUGAUACUAUUUCUAACUUCUUCAACAAACUCUAUGGUGAAAGGAACUCCGAAGGCACCCGUGCUGAGGUGUAUGCUCGAUUCAUGGGACAAGAAGUUGCCUAUGGAAAUGUUGGUGAAAUAUUCAAAGGAGAAACAGCUGAUAGACUUAUUGAAACUUUCUUCUCUUACUUUGAAGCUUCCUUUGAACAAAUGAAGAACCUAAACCUGAACACAGCAAGAACUGCUCAACUCUUCUUGGAUUAUUCACUGCCAACUAUUCAGGGCUCACCUCUCAAACUCAAGUUAGACGGGACUGCAGUUGCUGGCCUUACGGCUGAAGGUAAAUUGAGCAUCGCUGAAAUUCUUGCCGAUCUUGGAAAUCUAGAUACACACAUGAAGCUCUUGCCAAGCCUCUCUGUACAUGUCUCUGGCUUUGCUGGCUUUGACAAUCAUCUUAGUAAGGUAGGAAUCGAAAUGGAGAGCACUAUUUCAACUGCCAAUGGAGCUGCCGUGAAAAUAAGGACUGCAGAAGGGAAGAAAAUUGAGAUUGAAUUGGAAAUCCCUGAGAAAAUGGAACUCCUUAAUGUGAGAGCUGAAACAUUCCUUGUUAAGACUGUAGGACAGAAGCAGAUCAAGCUUACUCCUUCCUCCAUGAGAGAUGCACGGAUAAAGCAUGAGUCAUGCAUUGAUGUUCUUGAGCCUAUGCUAGGUCUUAAGACAUGUUAUGCAGUCAAUAUUCCAGAUAUUUUCCGCAAUAAUGUUUUGCCCCUUGGAGAACCAAUUGUUGCUAAAUUUUAUGUGGAGAAGGCUGAUCCCUCUAUGACAGGUUAUGCUGUGUCUGCUGCUAUCAAAAACAGUUUUGAUCACAAGGUUAUCAAAGUGAAUGCCAAAGCAGCUGGUGCCACAACACCACGGCAAGCUGAAUUGACCUUGUCCUAUAAGAAGGAAGUCGAGUCCACCAUCGCUUUCGCUAAGUUAGAGUCAUCCACUGUCACUACUGGUAUUUGGACCACUCUAACCACCAGAGAAGGAUUUAAGACUCUUGAUACAUUCAUGCAAUUCAAGACCGAGCAGAUUGAUCUGUCUCGUGGAAUCAAAAUGGAUGUUACCAUCAAAGGUAAUGCUGCUGAUGAAGAAUAUGAAGUGAAGGUAUUCAGUGGUCGUAGGAAGAAAUUCACCCCAGAAAUGCUUGUUUUGGAGACUAAACUCUCCAAGAAGGCUGCCGGCUCUGAUGUAAAUUUGGAAGUAAUUUGCAAGACUAAGAAUGCUCUAGCUGAGUUCCUCACCUUGGACAUCAAUGUCGCUGCUGAUUUUAAGAUAAUCACUCCUUCUGCUCUUAUGCAGUUUAGACAAAUUCCAAGAUUCCCUGUGGCUCUACCAGUAAAUCUGCACAAGAUGGAAAUAAAUGCUGCUUAUGGAAAUUGGAAAUUGGCAUCAUACAUGCGCGAAAAUCAGGUAACGGGCGAGACCUGCGAGCACAUCUCCGCCUUCAGGAUCACAAAGGGAAGAAGGGAAGUUAUGUCUAUAGAGGCUUCUCACAAAAUCGAAGGAAGACUUCUUGAAAAUAUCAUCAUCAGGAAUGAAGCUAAAGUUGGUAUCGGUGGUGCAUCUUACAAAAUAGCUUAUGAUGUGAUCUAUCACACUGAAAAAAUGGGAGUGUCGUUUGAAAUGCUGGAUGCGAGUUCAGGGAAGGUAGUUGCACUAGAAGCAAUGUAUAUUAAUCUAGGACAAGAACACAACACCAAAUUCAUGUUGGAGAUUCCAGGAUACAUCAGGAAAAUCAAGAUGGAAAAUAAGAUUGAAGGCACUGGGGAAGGUCGUUACAUGCUGGAAUCAGCAGUCAAGUAUGGACAACAGAUGCUUCUUCAUGCCAAUGGCCCGAUUGUGGCAAAGUUCACAAACAAUGUUGUCAAGUUGCAGACUGAUAUGAAGAUUACUGAAGUGACCAGUGAACCCUACACCAUCGGCAUCAAUAUCUUAUUUGCCAACAAGAAACAAGUGUUUGUCAUGGAAAUCAAAGGCCGAGAGGAGCCGGUGUUUGGUGUUGAGUGGAAGAUGGUGCGAGAAAGUCCCCAGAAGACCACUGUUGAUGUAGGGGUUGUCCUUUCUACCCUCAUCGAUAAUAAGAUCAGUGCUGCCAUUACCGAAGAACUUAUUCAAGUUAGUUUCAACAACGUAAUUCUACCCAAGACUCCUCUCAAUCGUCGAGUUAAAGGUUUUGUAGAGGUCAACAUUACUGAGAAAAAAACAAAUAUAAACUUUUCUUGGGAUGCUGAUAAUGAUGCCAGGAAGACUUUGAUAGUUGAUGCAGCUUUGAUAAACAGUCCCGCUAACCCUGGACAUGCUGAGAUCCGUGGGAACAUUGUCUUCGCUGGAGAGCCUUACCAUAUCAAGUUGGAAGUUACAAGCACAUCUCUUCUGAUGAAAACCAACGGAGAAACUGGAAUAAGGAUGACUGUGACUACACCCACCCAGAAAACUGUAGCACUGGAUGCUCUUGUUAGUACUGAACAUGAAGAAGCAAACGCAAAAGUAACCACCACUUUUAGGUUCAAGAGUUUGGAAGAAAAGGAGUACAAACUUAUUAGUGAGUUUGGUUCAGGGAAGCUCAGUGAUCCACUCAGCUAUACUUUUGAGGCCAAAAUAAUCUGCUCAACACCCGAAAUAGAAACUAAGAUUGAAAGUUUCUUUAAGCAUCAGAAGACAGAUGGAGAGCGCACUGUAACGGCUACGGUUGCUGUUGAAGCCCCAGUUUUAAGAGAUCCCUUCAGAGCAGUGUUUACAAUUCACAAUGCAGAAGGUUCUUACACUGGUGUAUGUAAAAUGGAAGGAAGUGCUCCUGCUACUGUCUUCGAAUGGAAUCUGAAAAUGACUCCUGAAGGAGGUAUUGAAGAUAUUGAAGCUGCUUUGGAUAUGAAAGCAGUGGUUAGAAUUCUUAAAACUGUCCGUGCAAUGGCCACUUUCCAGGAAGAAGCUUUCAGUCUGUAUGGAGGUGGGAUUGAAAGAUCACCAUACCAGUAUCGUUUCUCAAAACCAACACCUACAUCUUACACCAUGAUGGUGAAGAUACCAUCCCGCACAAUGCAAGGCAAGGUUAAGUUAUCUCCCUCAGAGUCUCGGAUAACGUUCUCCCCCAAUAAGGGUAGGACUGAUGCUAAAUAUGAAGUAGGUUACAAGUUCAAGCAUGAGGAAAGUUGGGGUGGACGCACAUCCAAGUGGGAGGCCAGAGCAAACCACCCUACCCUUCCCAAACCCAUCCUUGCUGCAAUUCAGUACACGGCUAAUGAAGAGACAUUUAAGGGAACUGUUGAAUUAGACAUUUUCCCAGAAGAACAGGAUAAAUUGACAGGCACACUGGAGACACAGCAAAUUGCAGAAAAUGCAUUCAGGACCGAAGUCAUUUUGACUGGCAGAAUGCUGAGAGUGAACCCCAAAGUAACCAUCACUGCUGCUAAUUCUUACGACACAUUUGGCUUUGAAAUGAAGGUCCAAAAGACACCAGCAGCAGCUCCAAGCUUCGUCAUUUCUACAAAAUAUGACAAGACUUCUGCACAAAGUGCAGCAGUUGCACUGAUAGUGCAGCUGGAAAAACAGCCAGUCUUUGAAUUCUCUGGAGUGAUAGAACCCGAGGAAGGAGUUUCUUGCAAUGGCGUCAACAUGAAGGCCAUCAUGUAUGCACCUGAAUUUGGAAAAUACAAUGUUUUCUCCAAAAUAUGCAAGCCUGCCUUUAUUGAGGUGACCACAAUGAGACACGGCGGUGAGAAUAAAUACAGCGCUAGGUUUGGUCUCCAGCUCCCCAAUACUGCUGAAUUUGGUCUCUAUGCAUCAGCUGGAGAGGAGCUUCAACAUGUUGCUCUUGCGACUGUAAGGCUGACUUCACCUACAAUGGUCAAGGCUGAAUUGGCCUACAAACGUGAGGAAGCAGAAAUGAUAAUGGCUGAAGCCAGUGAAAAUGCCAUGCAGGUGGUGAGGUUCAUUGAGACACUUGCAAUGGAUGUCUUCCACUUCCUAGAAGAAGAGGCUGCAGCAAAGGGUGUUCACUUCCCAUCACCACAGUUCGGCACCUUGAUGGAAGAAGCCAAGGAGGAAAUCCGAGGCAUCUUCCGAGAUAUCCUCACAGAUUUCAUGAUCCUAGAUGCUCGGUUCGUCCAUGAUAUCCUUGAGAGCCCGCUUGUGUCCUAUAUGUCACAUGUUUACUUGAGCGUGUGGUCACAAAUUGCCCGUCUCCAGAGGCAACUUUUGGCUGAUUUGACUGAAGGCAUUAAGGAACUGGGAGGGUAUGGAAACGUGACUGAUACCAUCAUGGAAAUUGUAAUGCAGAUUGUUCGAAUGAUCGAAACUCGAGAGUUGCCUGAGGUCUUGCGCGAACUACUGGAGGAGAUCAAAACCACUAAGCUGUACAAGAUGGUCAAGAGAGCGAUUAAUUCUAUGAUUCAAGAGUAUCCAGAGGAGUACGAAGCCAUAAAAUUCGUUGUGAUGAAAGUUAUCGCCACUCUUGAGCGAGAUAUCUCCAUUAUACGUGAGAAGAUCAUGGAGAUGCCAGCUGUCCAGAAGAUAAUUGAUUGGAUUAUCCAUCACUUCGAAUCUGGUGGAUUGGUGGCAAAUACUGCCGAAGAAGCAGUAAAUAGAUUUUUGGAAGAAAUUAUCUUCUUCUCAGUGGAAACUGGCAGAACCCAUGCAAUACUUUUUAUCCCCCUCCAUCAACCCGUGAAUUCACUGACACAGUUCGCACAACAAGCAGUGCCCAAUCCUGUCGUGACUCUCCAGAACCUCAUUUGGUCUUACGUGGAUUACAUACCCAUCCCUGUAGAACAUGCAAUCUGGGCAUACUAUAAUUUCGUGCCACGACACAUGAAGGAUCUACUACCUCCUUACUCACGCACAGCCAUGGUAGUUAGUAGCACCGAGGUCCUCACCUUCGGCGGCCUUGUAUUGCGAGUGCCUCGUUCCCCGUGCAAGGUACUCCUGGCUGCGCAUGGCUCCCACCGGCUCAUGAUGUCCCACCCACAACCCUCAGCCCCACCACAGAUUGAACUCAAGACAGCCGCAGCCACUGUCGUCAUCAAACCUAAUUUUGAAAUCCUAGUUAACGGCCAGCCUUUAAAGAGAUCCGAAGAAACUAUUGGAAAUGUUAGGAUUGAGAACAAAGCUGAAGAGAUAGUAGUAGGAUGUCCUUUGAUGAAGGUCACAGUAGCCAAGAAGGGCGAGGUCGUAGCUGUAGAAGCCUCACGAUGGAUUUUCGGCCGUGUAGCAGGACUUCUGGGUCCCAACAACGGAGAAAUUGGAGACGACCGCCUCAUGCCCAGCGGUGCAAGAGCCUCCAGCCCACGCGAGUUGGCGGCCGCCUGGCAGGAGGACCAGCACUGUCCCACCCCGGAGCUUCGUCCAGCUGAAACCACAGCGCACAGAGUCAUUCAUUGCGAAGUCCUCCUUGGAUUCCGCUCAAGGUGCAAUCCAGUAGUCCAGCCAAAAUCCUUCAUUGACAUUUGCCAUGUUGCACAGGAUCCUUGCAGUGUUGCCAAGGCUUACAGGACAAUUUGCGCUCUGAACGGCGUAGAGGAAAUCUUUCCUUUGGAGUGUUAGAGAUUUGACUGAAUUUAACCGAAGAUGACUGUUUUGAUCUAGGAUACAUAUUUAGAUUUAAGAGAAUGCAAUAUGAUUAUGAUGGGUAUUUUAAAUAAAAAGGGAAAACCGAUCUCUA